ACACAUAUCCAUGCCCCUUGGCAGUCUCCCAGACAGCAGGGAGCACGGAGCAUGAAGGGAGCUUCCACCAAUACUGGCACUGCCUCGGGGAGCAGAGUGACAGCUGGGACAGAGGCAUAUUUAUCCCAGAUAAAUACCUUCCCAGCCCCACCUGGGGGCAUUCCCACUGGGGGGUGCAAGCUCCAGCCACACUCCAGGUUUCAGAGGCUCAGGAGAGGCUGACAUUUCCCAGUGUUGGUUUGAAAAGUGUUUCCACUUCUCUUCAGGUUGGCAGCAUUGCCUCCCUGGUCUCCUCUAUAAAGUGCACCCACUGUGAGUCAGCCCUUCGUCCCCUCUGCUCCAGGACACAGGAACCUGGGGAGGAGGGGUGGGCUGGGGAAGGUCCCCUGCAUCCCAGCAGUGGAGCCCAUCUCCUCCUGGGGGCUGAGCUCCUGCAGCAGUGGCGCUGGGAGGUUGUGCCUUCUGGCCACCAUCCCGUGUCCCCUAUCGCUCCUCGGCAGGCACAGACUCCCGGAGAAUGAGCCAUUGUUCCCCAGCCCUGCAGCCUCUUCCUGUCCCUGUAGGGCUGUGAGACAAACAAAAGCAGAGCCAGACGCCAUGGGGAGGAGGCUGGAUCUGCUCCCCUCCUCCAGAUCCCGCAGCAACCCCACAGGCACAUGGACGGAUGCCCGCCUUGGGGGAACAGGCAGGGACACCCCUAUUUUUAGCUGCUUCUGCAUCCCCACCCCCUUCCUUCCGUGGGCCAAAAAUACAUGGAGUGGAUGGACAGGCAAAAUCAUUAGGAUAAAAGAGUUGUCCAGGCCUUGUGUCCAACCACUCCCCUGGCUUUCACCUCUUCCCAAGCAUGGUCUCCCGCUCCCAACAUGGAUGACUUAUCUCUUCAUCCCCAUUCCCUACAUCCCCAUAUCCUGUCUCAGUACACUGUACCCUUCCUCACCCCUGAAUGCCACUCCCCCUCUGCUCUAUGGAUGCAUCUCCCAUUCCUUGAUGGUCCCCUCUCCCAUGCCACACCAGCCCUGGGGGACCUACUCCCUUCCCUUGAAAUCCCCCAGCUCCUCCUUUCCCCAAAGAACCUUUCUGCACCUCCUCACACAAUUCAUUUCCAAAAGGCUCUUUCCUCCCAAAGGCCCAGAGUUUCCCACUCACCCCCAUCCCCUCCUUCCCCUCUGUAUCCCUUCUACCCUUACCAUCUCCUCCUUUCUCUCCUCACCCCAACAACCUCCAUUCCAGCUCCCUCCAGGCUGCACAGGCUUUAACCUCCUGUAGAUGUGCUCCCCGUCCUUGUCCUGCCAAGGGAACGUGUUUGAGGGAGGGCACAGAGACUCACAGACCCCACUGCACACAGAGAGCUACUUCUCCAAGCUUCAAAUUUAUAUCUAAGCCCUCCCCCUACUGACUUUUACAAGGUCUGUGAAAAAGAACUGGAGAAUCAAGUGUGGGGUAGCUCUGGGGAGAUGUAGUCUGCAUACAUAAAUAUAUAUCUUUAUAUUUACAUCUCCUUUCCUAGUACGUGGAAUCACAGAAGCGUUUCCAGGCCACAGGCAGCUGUUCCUGGAUUACUUCUGGUUUAUGCAACAUCCUCCCUCCCCCUCCCAGCUAUGUCCCAAACCCCCCCUUCCCUCUCCUCUGUGCCCAUGUAAAACUCGGAGGGAAAGCACAGCUCAGGGUCUGUCCUGGGGUCUGUCCAUCCACCCUCACACCAACAUCACCCCACAGCACCCACAGCAGCCCUACAGCACCCCACAUCCCUGGCCAGCAGACAGGACUAGCAUACCAGGAGGAAGCUGGGGAGCGUGGGGGGAGGAGGAAAGAUGAAAAUAUUUGGGAUAGGAGGAGAUGGGCAGAGGGAGGGAGGCAGGCCGCCAACAAGCCUGGGAACUCAUCCGUGCCUCCUCCUGGGCUUUGGCAAACCCCGAGGCUUUGAGUUCCCAGCCCUGCUCCCAGGGGAAAAGCACACACUCCCCCCUUUGCAAAUCCCACAAGCAGGACGUGGUCAGUCCCAUUCCUUCAUCCUCACACUGCUCCAGGGGAGGGGAGGAGUUGGUGGGGGAAGUUAGAAAUGUGUGUUCGCAGGGUUAUCCACCCCACUUCCAGCAUGAGUGGGUCUAACCCAGUGCUGCUGCCUGCCUGCUGGUGCUCACCACAAAUCCCCCAGCUUUCCUUCCCCAGUGCAGCACAAGGAUUCUGGGAACCAGAAUCCUCCAGUCCCUUUCCCUGGUUAUCUCAAAGGCAGCAGGCACAGUGUGGGGACUCGCAGCACAGACACAAAAAUGGGUUCAGCCUGGUCAAGGACAUCUAGGGGUCCAGCCAGAGGAGAAAUCACCCCAGUGGAGAAACUACAGGGGAUGAGGGAUGCAGUGCCUGCAAAGGCAGAGCUGGCAUCAGACCAGGGAUGCUCUUGGCAAGACGCUGGGUGUUUACACCUGUCCCUCGCCCCGGGGUGUCACCUCCUGCCACCACGCUGGCUCACUCACCCUGGAACCGGCUUUGCCUUCAGCUCAUCCCCAGGGCAGCCAGACUCAGACUGGAGGCAGCACCAGGAGCCAUGGGCUGGGAGCAGGGAGGAGGGACCUGACAGCACCAGGGUGAGGGGGAGCUGGAUGAGGCCACUCCAGAUGAGGCAAGGGAGCUCUCUGCACCCCCAUCCCCAUCGUGGCAGGGUUCUCUCCCCCACCCCACUGCUGGCAGUAAUCCCCAUACCCAUGUGGUAUGUGCCCUCAUGGCCCCAAGAGAAGAAUGGAAACAUCUGGAAGUCACCUGCAAACGAGCAGCACUUUCAGUUAAUGAGGAAAUAUGAGCCAGGGACCCUGGGCAGCAACAGGAUAUCUGCUUCUUGUGCACUGAGCAAGGCACCCCCUUCCACUGAGCCCCCUGCCUGCCCUCCUUCUUCAGGAAGUUUCCAGCACUGUUGUGCUUUUGGAGCUCCAUCCCUGGAAAUUUCCCAGGGAAGGAGGGCAGGUGGGAAGGCAGCAAACUGAAAUGGCAGGGAAGAUAACCCCAGGGGUGAGCACCCUAUCACAAGGUGGGAUGCCCUCAUCCCUUGGCUUCUCCCAGGCACUAGGGAAAGGGAGUAGGGGGAUUUUUCUUUACUGAGGGGCAGUCCUGUAUCAGCCUCCUCCAGGCAUUGAGUUUGCAAGCGGAAAGCACUGCAAAGUGAGAUAGGAUGAAGGACUGAGUACCAGGAAGUGUGGGGCAGAGACCUCAGCCCCCCCAUACCUAUCCAUUCCUCUCUCCCUCCCCAUCACACUCAGCACCCAUAAGACCCAUAAGACCUCAACCCCGUGUUGGAGGGAUGAGUGCUGGGGAGAUGAGGAUAUGCAAUUUGCACAGCCCUGUCUUUGAUGUUGUGGUUCUCAAAGCAAAUCCUCAUCUAGGAAAGCUGCCGGGCCACUUGUCUGCUCCAUGAUAAGCCCAGUGGCCGGUCCCUCUGUAAUGGAGAGACUGGUACUGCUGCCUGGGGCUUAGGGUUACAGAUGGGAUGAAAGGUUGAAGUGGCUGAAGGUAAAUGAGGUAGCUGGGCUGGGAGGGGUCCAGGCAUAUGCUCCUGCCCAGGGCACCCAUGGGUGGUACAGUGACUCUGCAGCACUGUCCAGCCUCACAGCCACCUCUCAUUUGUCAGCCAAGGUGGAUAAAUAGGCUGAGAAGCAGGAUUGUAUGGAUUGACUUUCCAGGUUGUUGUAUAUGAAACAAGGAGGUGUAACCAAGCAGCCAGAAGCCAGGAUGAGUACUGAGACCCAGAGCUGGCACCAUCCUGGGGGUCUCCAAAGCACUUCAGUGCUAGAUUUAGACAUACAAAAAUCAGAGCUGGCAUGGCUGCAAGAUCACAGGUUUGGGGAAGGAGGCUGAAGAGAAGGCAUUUCCACAUGCUUUCUGGGAAACGAAGCCCAUCCUGGCCUGGAGCAGGGAGAUGCUUGGAGCAGGAUGAGGAGAAGGAGGCAGUGGAGAGCCAGCCACCCUGCAAGAAGCAGAACGUGGCCCCUAUCCCAUCUGGAAAAGAUUUGUUCUGCAUUCCCCAGUGGAGGUGGCUGCCGUCGCCCAGGCUCUGCUUCCUGGUGCAGCCUCUGCUGCAGGGCACAGGGACGGGGUGAGGGGGAGCCCCUCAGGCAGGGUGGGGGGAAAUGCCCUGGCAGCCAUACAGAGGGAGGAGACCCAAAAAAAGGGUCUUUUCCUGCCUCUCCCACCACUCCCAUUAGCUUCCACUGAGCAGGACCUAGGGGAAGGAAUGCCUACCAUACCUCUGGCAAGCUGGGAGGAUGCAUGCCAUGAUUUCUCCUCCUUUCCUCACUGAUGGCAGAGCUCAUCUCCCAUCAGAGCUAAGCUUCCAUCUUCCUCCAACACACAGACUCACUUAAACUACCACCAACAUGCACAUAUGGUCUUAAUUCCUAAUGGAUAAACUUCCCCAGAAGGCAGAAACUCCAACUUCCAUUUUGCAGAAGAGAAGCCAGAGAACAGUGCCAAACCCUACUACUACUACUACUUAGCAAAACUCUGAGCAAUAAGAUGCUCCUGCCCAGGCACCCUAACCCCGAGCCCAGUGAACGGCCAGGCUCCAUUUUGACAUCUCCUUUGCAGACAUCUUGUCAUCCCUUCAGCCAAGCCCUACUUAACCCCAACAAGUCUUGUCUCGCCUUCACCAGCAGAGACACCUCCCUUCUCCUCAUCAGGGCUCUGAAUAGGUGCUUGUGCCUGGCCAGGUGGUCCCCAGCAGAGCCACCAAGCCAAGCCUGAAGGCCACGAGGGUCAGCAAUGGUACUGAUGAUGCUACACCCACCAGCAGGUUGCCCCUCAUUGGCACAAAUAGGGUCUUCUGCCCUGUGUGCAUCACGGGAUAACACACAAUACCAGAGUGAUGUGGUGUCCCCUGUGUGGGCAGAAACUCUCCCUGGUGCCACCAAAGAGCACCUCCUUGCAUUUAUCUGCUGCCACCCCCUCACCCUGCUCUGACACACUGUGGCUGGUAUGAUGCCUGUCCUGAUGCCAUAACACUUGUCCUGACCCUGUAACAAAUACCAGCCUGGCCCAGGAGGCCUUCAGGGAGGCUGUCACCCUGCUAAUGCCCAAACCAAUGCUACCCACAGGUCUGGUAUGACCGACCCACAGACCCCAACCCUGUGCCACACCGCUGGGAACUUCCUAUCCAACAUGGGAUAUGGGGGCGCUAUGUGAUCAGGGGACCCUACAGGGUUCCGAGUCCUUUCCUUUGCCCUGCAGCCAGGCUCCUCUCUCCAGGUUAGCUGGCCAUCCCCCUUCCCCCCAGCCCAUGGAAGCAGGCACCGGGAGCGGGAGGCGGCCAGUGCCGGCAGACGGGAAAUGGCACUGGGGAAGCGGGGAGGAGGAGGGGAGCGCCAGAGAAGUUCCUGAAGUUUUCUGUCCUGGAUAGCUGGAAUAAAUCUCAUUUUCUCCGGUCUCCUUGCCGGGUCGAGGAUUGGCUCGGCGCUGCUGCAGCCCGCCCUCCUCCUUCCCACGUCCCCUCCCCGCCAGCUUCGCUCCCUCUCUCCCGUGGCAUCAGGGCGUCAGCCUGGGAGAGCCUGCCUUGGGGGGACAGCCUGGGAAAAGGAGGGGGCCAUGCCUCCCCUUUCUCCCCCGCUCCGUUCCGAAACACGGCACCGGUAACCCUCGGAACAAGUUACAGGGGCCUGCCGAGAGUGUCUCGCAACUUUUCUUCUGGAGGACGGGGGAAAAAGGAACAAGCCUGGCUCGAAAGAGGUGGCCAACAAGGGGACCAAUGCUAUUGCCCUGCCAGUCCACCUGAAGCUCUCUUCGUUGCCUGCUGCCCCAUCCGUGACUGGCUCCCAGUCACCAGCAGCAGUAGAGGACAGUGGAUUAACCUCUAAGUCCACGAUCAGACACAGCUUCCAGUGACCUCCACAGAACGAGGAGGUGACCCAGACACCGCCUGAGGAAAUUUCCGUGUCACCACUGUCCUCACCACUGAGGACAUACCCUGUGAGGCUGAUUUCAUGAGCACGACGUAGCGCAGGGAAGCAGGAAUCCUGCGGAAAGCCAACGUGACAUGAGCUGCUACCCCAAGAGCAUCGCAGCAGAAGCAAUGGGGAGGCUGGGGAUGUGACAGAGCACCCCAGCGCUGCAGGCCUGCUGAGGGCUGAUUUUUGGAGCUUUUUCAAAGGCAGCGUGAGGAGGGGUGCAACAUGAGCCUGGGGAAGCUGCCGGUGCUCAGCUGGGUGUCCGGCUCCCACGGCAAGCGGCGGCUGAAGUCGGAGCUGACGCCGGACAUGAUCAGCCCGCCGCUGGGCGACUUCCGCCACACCAUGCACGUGGGCCGCGGCGGGGACGUCUUCGGGGACACCUCCUUCCUCAGCAACCACGGCGGGGCCGACACGGCCAAGGCCAACAACUUCUUCGCCCGGACGCUGCGGCACGUCCGCCGGACGCCGCUGCGCAGACGGGGCAGCGGGGACCCGGCCGGGGCCUCGCCGGCGCCCCCCGCCAUCUCGCCCAUCAUCAAGAACGCCGUGUCGCUGCCGCAGCUCAACGAGGGCACCUACGACGGGGGCAGCGCCGGACGGGGCCUGACCAGCAAGUUCUCCUUCAAAAGCGCCUCCAACAGCUUCUCCAAAACACACCAGGCCUACGGGCUGGAGUCUGGAUUUUGUACCAUUCCUCGUGGACCUCGCUUGGAGAAGGCCCAGGAGAGCGCCUGUCCUGGGGAAGAUGAGCUGGAUCGCUCUGACUCCCUGCUGUCCUUCCGCCUAGACCUGGGGCCCUCCCUGAUGAGCGAGCUCCUCCAGGUGAUGAGCUUCUCGGAAACCAAUGGGAAUGAGGUGGGGGAGGACGGCCCACACCUCCUGUGUGACGAGGGGACCAAGGACAGGGUCCCUCCAGCAGUGUGUGCAUCCCACGAAGAGAGCAAGGCAGCAUCCAGCUUCUGGGACCACUCCAGGCAGAGCAGCCUGCCGGGGGCCAGCUCCCUGCCGGGUCUGUCGGUCCAUGCCAACGGAGAGGCACGGGCCAUUGAAGGCGCUGGAGCGAACUCUGCCUGGGCUUCGGGGCCGGGGGCGGCGCCCAGAGGGUCCCCGUGGCAGGGCCACUGGAACGACUGCACCAUUGAGGCUGGAGAGUUUGACCGAGCAGCCCAGGUGCUGGCGCGCCAUUACGGUGGGACCAGCACCCCGCGGAGCUCGGAGAAGGGCGAGGGUCCCCGGCAGGCCCGGACACAGACCCCGUGGGACAGCCCCAGCAGCACCUUGUGGGGGUCACAGGUGACCAGGGAGAGCCGCUCCCCCGAGGCCAGCUGGAACCAAGGAGAGGAGGAGGACACCAAGCUCUCCAGCCUGCAGGAAAGCUACAGUGGUGCCCCAGGGGGCCGCAGCAAUUCCUUCGAGUAUGCCGAUGAGGAGGAGGAAGAGGAUGAUGAAGUCAAGGUGUGAACAGCCAUGCCUCCCUUCACAGGCCCCACCAGAGACACUGGUGCCAGGGUCUUUGCCCUCCUCCCUGUGCCCCACCUGCUGGUGCCAGUGUCACCAGCAGACCCAGUGGGUGACCUCCUUGCCAAGGGGGGGCACUGGGCCGGCUGGGGAGGGCAGGAGAGCCCAUCUCCUGGGGGACUCCCUGGGGCUGGGCCAGGCUGCUGCAGAGGGCCAGUGGGCACCACAGAGCCAGGCAUAGCACCCCUUCUCCAGCCUCACGGUCAUUAGACAGCAAAGGAACAUUCCCAUGUGCCAAAGGAACCCCAAAUCUUUCCUACCCCAUCCCAUUCUGCCCAGCACUCUCUCUCUCUCAACCCUCAGCCUGGCUCUACCAGCAUGUCUGGGGACAUACUCCAUCCUUCCACUGAUGUCUCCAACCAUCCUCUGCAAUGGCUCCCCACAGAUAUUCCCACUGAUAGCUCCGGCAUGUAUGGCAUGGGAUCUCCCCAGCUCCAGUUGGUGCAAGACCCUUCAGUAUAGCACAUCUAUCAACAGGGGAAGGUCAGCUGGGGUCCCAAGGGGCAGGCAAACCCCACAGACCUGAGCUUUCUCUUUUCACCUGCCCCCCCAAAAACGCUGUGUGCUCAGUGUUCAGGAGAUGAGAGCAUGCACAGAAAUAAUCAGGAAUCUUUCCACUUGCCUCCUGCUGCUGGUCAUCGCUUAGGACAGCUUCCUGACUUCCACUCCUCUCAGCAAUUGAGAGGAGAGAAACCUCUUGGCUGACUGGUGGCAAAGGCAGGUUGUCAGGUCACCAAAUCCAGCAGUUCAGGCCCUAAAAAUUACUCUUUUCCCCCUGCCUCAGAACAAGGGAGACUCCUCUGCAGCCACUUGGUUUGUGCCACCAUCCUCAUGGUGGUGGCACAGUUUGUGUCUCCAUCCUUGUCCCCCUCCCCUUCCCCUACACACACGCCUUUCUUUGCAGCACACCCCUUACCAAGGGUAAUGUGGGCCAUAGCUAAUGUCCCUCACCCAGUGGCCCUGGGUGACACAGCCACCCUGGAAUGAGCUGCCCCCACGCUGGCCCGCGUGCAAACGGGCCCUCACAGAAGUGCCUUUGUGCCCUGGUGUGGAGCCAGCAUGCUCGGGGGCUGAGGUCACCAGAGGGACCCUCACAGGACCCCCCUUGUUCUCUGGGACAGGAGGGGGUGUGCAGUGGGAGGAGAUGCUGGGCCAUGGCUGCAGGACUCUGCUCCCACUCAGCUCACCCACCACCCGGCUGCUUUUGCCAGGAAGCUCUUCAGAGCAGGAUAAAGAGCUCCAGAGUGUGCACUUACUGCACGUGGAAGUGCCACUUGUAGCCAGGCCACCAAGGUUAAGGGCAAGCCCAUGUUCCCCAGCCUCCUCAAGGGGCUGCUUCAUGCUAGCCACCAGCAGCGAACCAGGGCAAGCAUCAGCUUCAAGAAGUCCCCGGGUCUAGCACCCAGCAGGAUCAGCCUUAUUCUCCCUUGCACCUUCCAGGGUGGGGACCUGGGCUCUCAGGAUGAGCUCCCCUCUACCCUCUGUUUCCCAGACCAUAACACAAGGCCAAAGACCCAUAUCUUGGAAUUAUCCUUUCUGCCUCCCCUCUGUAUCCCAUGCACUUAUUAUUGUCCUUAUUAAAACAGUUUUGAUACUAA